AUGCAACAGCUGUUGACACUAGAAAUCGAUCUGUGGCUGGGUCUUUUUACAAAUUCAAAUCUAAUUUUAAAACAUGGUGCCUUUCCUUCCCCAUCUGUAGGUAUUGUGAUCACCAAACACCCAGUCUGUGCCUCCGUUCCUGCCGGGUAUCCUGUGGUGCUUCACUGUGCAGCCCUGGGUUCUUCCCCUCUGUGUUACCAGUGGUUUGAGGGCAAGAAGGAGAUGGUGGGUGCCACCCAGCCAGCCCUGGCGGAGAAGAAGCCUGGAAUGUACAUCUGCCGUGUCAGUGACCAGCAGGACCACUAUGUGUUCAGCUCCUGGGCAAGGAUCAAGGUUCAUCCCAUCAAAUCUGGGCUGCCCCACGCAUGGCAAGGAAGUCUGGUCAUCGGACUCCAGCCGGAAUCUCAGACGGUGCGGGUUGGGCACAGAGCAAGUCUCAGGUGCAUUGCCUUCGGAAUCCCUGCUCCCAGUUACCAGUGGUACAGAAACGGGACCCCGUUACCCCAUCACAGGAAGGAGGAGAUGCUGAUCCCCCACACGGAGCUCAGAGACCAGGGCACGUACCUGUGCGCGGUGACCAGCGACAGGGGAGGGGAGGAGUGCUGGAGCUGCCCAGCCGAUGUGAGCGUAGUUGACAGCAUUCCGAAAGCAGUACCAUCCCCGGCUGUCAGCGUGCCAGACUGCGGUGAGAGGUGGAGAGGUGCUCAAUCCCCCACAUCAGGCGGCCAGGCAGCCGCAGCUCACACUCCCCGAUUCUGUGCGACAGACAAGGUGGCCCUGCUGAUUGGGAACAUGAACUACACAAACCACCCACGGCUCUUGGCCACCAUGAUGGAUGUGUUUGAGCUCUCACACCUGCUGCAGCAGCUGGGAUUCCGCGUCCUCUCCCUGCUGGACCUCAGCAAAGAGGAGCUGCUGGGCGCAGUGGGCCACUUCCUGCAGCUCCUGGACUCCGGCGUAUACGCUGUUUUCUACUACGCUGGACACGGGUACGAGUGUUCCGGCCGGAAUUACAUUGUGCCGAUCAACGCACCAAAUCCCUACAAACCGGAAAACUGUAUCAACGUUCAGAAGGUGCUGUGGAAGAUGCAGGAGAAGAAGACAGCACUUAACGUGGUCCUACUGGACAUGUGCAGGAAAUGGUACAAUCAGAACUACAUUCCCUCCGAGGCACAAGCCCUCGCUCCCACCGGCAACAUCGUGUAUGGAUAUGCAACGUGUGAGGACGCAGAGGCCUAUGAGGUGCAGGAUGGAGAGCACAGCUCAGGGAUAUUUAUGAAGUAUCUGAAGAAACACAUUUUGAAGAAAGAAAAAGUCACCCAAAUCCUGGAGAACGUCUCUGAGGACAUGGGCAGGGACCCGCUGAUUGUGGGGAAGCAGGUGAUGGAAAUCAGACACUCGCUGAAGGAGCGAAGAGCUCUGACCGACCAGAUCUGCUCCUCGGGCCGCACCGCACAGCUGACAGCCAGGAACCAGUGCUGGUCCCAGGCCAACGAGUUGCCAGGCAGGAGGACGAUCGUGUUCCCGUGCGGGGCUGAGGUGCAGAUCAGCUGCUGCGCCGUCUUCUCCAAUGUAAUGGUCGUCAACGCCAGUGUCAAGACCCCGGGACCCUGGGCGGCCAGCGCGAAAGUCUCGUUCCGCAAACCAGCGGACCUGGAGGACAUAUUCUCAGACCUGGAGGGCGGCUCAGACUCCCUGCUCUCAUCGGCCGUCUCCGAGCACCAGUCAGACACCGUGCUCAAGCUGUGCGGCCUUCACCGCCUUCAGCGCCCCCUGACGGUGCCUGUGGUACUGCAGUACCGAGCCUGGCCUGAGAACCUGAGGAAGGAGGAGAUGGUGGAGGUGGACCUUGGCCGCCCCCUGGUGGCGAAGCUGGAGCUGUACAAGAUGCUGCAUGGGACACGGAUAGAGGGAGCUUCCCCCAGCCCCACCCCCUCCCCCUACUCCAGUCCCUGCCCAUCGCCCACCCCCGGGGUCCCCAAGAGCCGGAGCAGAGCCUGGGGCCCGGGAAGGGGCCAAACCCCCAGUCCUUGGGAGGCUGAGGCCUCGUUGUCCACAGGAGCAACAUCCAACAACCAGCCGGAGGAGAACGACGAGAGCGAGACCCACAGCGAGGUCACCCGGUAGCAUCACAUGGCCAUCACUGCCUGGAGCCCCCCCCCCCCCC